AUGGAGCGUCUGAAGUUGGUCCUGCAGUACUUUCAGUCCAACUCUGAGUCCAUCUCCAACGGUAUCUGUAUUGUCCUGGCCCUGGUCAGCGUGAAGCUGUAUACCAGCUUUGACUUUAACUGCCCCUGCCUCCCACAGUACAACAAGCUGUACUCUCUGGGAGUGAUGAUCGUCCCGCCCAUCAUCCUGUUCUUCCUCGGGGUCCUGGUCAACCGACACACAGGCGUGAUGAUGGACGAGUGGAUGAGACCUGUCGGGAACAGAUCCAAAAACCCUGCUGUGGUCAAGUACCUGUUCUCAGCCAUGAUCCAGAGGGCCCUGCUGGCCCCGAUGGUGUGGAUAUUAGUCACUCUGCUGGAUGGAAAAAUCUUCAUCUGUGCCUUCAGUGCUAGUGUCGACCCUGCACUCUUCUCAGGUCUGCCCAAUAACACAGGUCUGGAUUUGAUCAAAAUCAUGGCCAAAGUUCCCUGUAAGGAGGACGUUAUCUUCAGGAACAGCUCUUUCCGCAAAUCAGUCACCCGUUACGUUCGCUGCUAUUCACAAGCAGUUGGCUGGUCCAUCCUCCUCUUCCUCAUUGUUUUGGGAGCCAUGGGACGCCUCAUCAAACCCUGUUUCGAUGACAACGGCACCAACCUGCAGACACGCUACUGGAGCAACUACCUGGACGUGGAGCAGAAGCUCUUUGAUGAAACCUGCGUCCUGCACGCUCGGGACUUUGCCCGAAAGUGUGUGGUGCAGUUCUUUGAGGACAUGAGGGAGGACACUGUGAUCAGUCUACCCUACCCAACCUUCAUCACACACUCCAGAGAGGAGUGGGAGGAGGAAGAGGAGGAGAGGCUUCACGGGAUAUCAAAGCAGGAGCAGAUGAACCAGGUGCUGACCAAGUGGUACUACGGUAAACCUGAACUGGACGUCACCAGGAUAGCACACAGACCGAGGACGUGUGUCAGCUGGCAGGACAGGGACGGGAGGACUUUAUUCUCUGACGUCUGA